UAUGCUCCAUCUGUAACUUUCUCUAAUCUCUUUUGUUGUUGUGUUUUUUGGAAUUUCUUAUAAUUUGUCUAUGUCGACUGGAAUUAUGCGUGCUAAGGCUUUGUCGGAUUUUGAACUGACUAUUGUUUUUUUUUGAGUUUUUGAAGUUUUGAAUGGACAAAUUUUGUGCCGUUGAAUGGAACUAAUUUUAUUUAUUUUUUAUUAAUUAGAAUAUGGAAUCUAUUGACAUAGCAGUAAAGGAGGAGAUGGAACAGAAGCCAGUGGUUGAGAUGGAGUUUGUGAAGGUGGACAGCAUCAAGGAGGAGGUCGAGGAAGAGACUCCACUGGCUGGCGUCCAACCAGCUGCUGUGUGGCAGGAGGAGAUGGAACAGAAGCCAGUGGUUGAGAUGGAGUUUGUGAAGGUGGACAGCAUCAAGGAGGAGGUCGAGGAAGAGACUCCACUGGCUGGCGUCCAACCAGCUCCUAUGUGGCAGGCUGUAAAUUAUUCUACUGUGGAAAAAGGAAAUCUGACAGGACUUUUCAGGACAAAAGAUAAUUAUACCAGUGAAGAAAGUGCGUAUUUCAAGCCUGAAUGUGUACCACAAAAUGAUGCACUGGCAAAAACUAUUAUAUGCGGGUGUGUCUUGGUGUCUAACGUUUGCCUCAAGGCUUCAGCAGAUUGCAAGUGCCUUCAACACCAUCAGCAGUUGUAUUUGUCAGACAAACAAGACAAUGGUGCUCUAGUUAUAAGACAAGAGUCACUGGUGGUUCCCUCAUCUCACACAAGUGAUAACUGCGAAGAAUCACUUGUACAGAAAACCAACCAAGGAUUUAAUAAUGAAGAGCAGCAAGUAACGCAUAGCUUAAAUCAUAAAGUUACACGUAACUUUAAGUGCAAUAUGUGCAGUAGAUCAUUCGAUUGCAAAAGUAAACUAAUUGAACAUAGCCGAUCUCACACAGGGGAGCGGCCCUUCAAGUGUGAUUUGUGUAGCAAAUCAUUUACCAGGAAACAAGUACUUGAAACACACUACAGACUACAUACAGGGGAGCGUCCCUUUAAGUGUGAUCUGUGUAGUAAAUCAUUUACUAGGAAAGAAAAAUUUACUGCACACAAAAGAUUACAUACAGGGGAGCUUCGCUAUAAGUGUGAAAUAUGUAGUAAGUCUUUUAAUUUUAGACAUCAUCUGAUUCAACAUAACCUAUCUCAUACAGGGGAGCGUCCUUUCAAGUGUGAUCUGUGUAACAAAGGUCUUAUUUCGAAAAAAUCACUCAUUAAUCACAUCGUUUUGCAUAAAGAUGAGCGUCCUUUCAAGUGUGAGCUAUGUAGUAAGGCAUUUCGUUUUGAAAGUGAUCUAUUUGUACACAAAAGGUUACAUACAGGGGAGUGUCCUUUCAAGUGUGAUGUGUGUAAUAAAUCAUUUACUAGGAAAACAACACUUACUGCACACAACAGGUUACAUACAGGAGAGUUUCCUUUCAAGUGUGAAUUAUGUAGUAAGUCAUUUCGUUGUAAAAGGGAUUUUAUUGACCACAAAAAGUUGCAUUCAGGAGAGCAUCCCUUCAAGUGUGAUCUGUGUAAUAAAACAUUUCCUAGGGAAAAAUCACUUACUGUACACAGCAGAUUACAUACUGGGGAGCGUCCCUUCAAAUGUGGUCUGUGUGAUAAAUCAUUUACUAUUAAAAAAACACUUACUGCACACAACAGAUUGCAUAUAGGGGAUUGUCCCUUCAAGUGUGAUGUGUGUAACAAGUUAUUUACUUUGAAAUCACAUUUUUUUAGACACAACAGGUUACAUAAAGGGGAUUGUCCCUUAUAGUGUGAGUUAUGUAAUAAGUCAUUUUGUUGCAUAAGUUAUCUUUAUGUGCACAACAGAUCACAUAAAAGAGAAUGUCUCUUAAGUGUGAUACGUAUAGAAAAUAUUCACUAAAAAAACAACACUUACAGUACACAACAGAUUAAAUAAAAGGGAGUUUCCUUUUAAGUGUUAAUUAUGUUCUAAGAUUUAAUUUUAAAUACAGGGUUCCAUAAAACAUUGUCCCAAUUUCAAUGGUGUAUUAUAACAGUCGUCUCGACCAUUAUGACCAAUACAUUGGUCAGGGACUUUUGACAUUCAACCACUCAUACAAAGAGAUUGCAAUGGAACCAUAGUCAUUUGGGUUUAAACCUAGCAGAAACUGUAACCAGUAUGGAAGCAUGUGUAAACGUGUUCAUAAAACCUUCCACACGGUCGUCUUUGGCAACUGAAGUUCAAGCAAGACUUGCUUUCCGAACAGAUUUCUUAGGACUAUCCAUUUAAGAUGCUCUGACUUGGUCAACAUCCUUUACAGACACUUUUGAUUAUCCCCUGCUUUUCCCUUAACAAACACGUUGGUUUGUUUCAAAUUUCAUAUACCAUUGGUGGAUGUUUAUGCCACAUGGGGGAUAAUAAUUAUACUUUAAACAAAAUGCACUUGGAACUGAAAUUACAGAUUUACUGUUAGAAAAUGGCCGAACACAAGACGCUUUAUACUCAGGAGUCGCCAUUUUGUGUGGGUGGCGCUGCAAGCGAUGAAACUACAAAGCAGUACUUGGGCAUGCACUUAUCUAAACCUGUUUGAAUUACUCUUUUAGACCUUGAACUAACGGUCUACAGUGCUUACAGUUAAUACUAUUAAAAGUUACAACUGGCACAUUCUUUAAUGGACCGUACUGUCUUAUCUGAUUGAACGCAAUCUAAUAAAGGGAAGCGUCCAUUCAAGUGUGAUGUUACAAAUCAUUUACUUGGAAGACAACAAUUACCGUAAUUACCUGCAGAAGGGUCGCUCUUGCAUGUGGCUCACACCCUUUAUUUUUGGCAAAAAAAAAAUUAUAAUGUUAUAGAAAUUGAAAACUGUCUCACGUUGCCGACAAUUUCUGUAGAUAUAUUUGUCAGCUUUUCAGUGAUGUAAAUUAUUAUUAAUAUGCUUCACUUGUCGUGACAAAUUUAUUCAUAGAAUAUUUUUGAUUUAAAAUCAUCUAACUACAAUUACUGAAUUGUUUUAGUAGAUAGAGAUUUAUUGUAAUAGUUGGGCACCUUAAAAAAAAUUAUUUUGGAAAUACUAAAGUACUAAAUAUGAUUAUAAUAUCUAACCUGUUUCGUUUACGGGCAUCUACGUGAACGUCGCACAUUAUUUCAUGUAUUAUCUUAAUGACUUCAUUAUGUAUUUUGAUACGACUCUUUACCUUAACACAUGAAUAAUUCCUGCAAUCACGGUCUGUUACAACAAUAACAAAAUGGUUUCAUAUAAUAAAAUAUAAUAUAACUUCCAAAAUCAAUUUAAAUUAUUAAAUUAUUAUUUAUACUUCUAUUCAAGAAUCGUACAUUCAAGAUGAAUUAAUAAUGUUUAAGAUUUUAUUGGAAUAUUUCAAUUAUUGUAAAAAAAAAAUGUUGAUUUGCAAAAUGACAAUGAUUUUAUAUAUAUUUAUUUAAUUAUGUUUAUUUAAUUAUAUUUGUUUAAUUAUGUUUCUUUAAUUAUAUUUGUGCCUUGACUUUAGCUCUGGUAGAAUGCGCUAUACCUCUGGAUGUAAUGUUACAUAAAUGAGUUAUGAUCAAAAUAUUAAUAGUUAGUUUUGCAACUUUAUAUAGAUGUUAAAAAAAAUUAGUAACUGAAGGAUUCAUUAGCAAAUCAAAUACUAAUACAAAACUCUUUCUAUUUAACAAGCAAAUUAAUAAAUGUUCGUUGGGAAGAUUUACUUUUACAUGACAAUUGUUUAUUGGGGAAUUGGAAAGGUACCGUUUUAGAAGUCUUCAGGAAUUGUUGCACUAGACACAGCAAUUAUAAUGAUGCUAGCAGUACAAUUUCUCGUACCAGCACCGGAAUUGAUGAUACUGAUGUACUCAGCCGGGUCUCUGAAAUUGGAUCACUCCCUAUGAUGUGCCGUACGUCUCGUAGUCGGUCCGUCGAUCCGAGUUGCUUGAAUACUUAAAGUAAUUGAUGUUUCACACAGUCUUCUUCUCGUGAUGGUAUCGGGCAUGCUGGGGAUCGUACGUCUUGAAGUUGGUCUGUAGUUCAGACUUGACAAUAUCUUGACCUGUCGUAUAUUUCUUCUCCAAUCUUGAUAAAAUUUAUAUUGUAACGUUUCUUCUUAAAUUCUUGUCUUCUGUAACUAUAAUUGAUCGACGUAGUACUUCUAAAUAAAGUUUUAUGGACUUUUACGAAGAGCUAUGUUAGAACACGUCCGACCAUGAUGGAAGAUUUUUUCUUCUCUUUGGAUGUUUUUCAUAAAACAUUCAUCGUUGCUCCUCACGACCGAAAAUAUUUCUUCCACUGGUCUCUAAUUUCUUGUGUCUGAACACUUACCGACCAAUCACAAUCCACGUUAUAAUUUUCAAUGAUACUCGUUAUUACUGUAAAAUAUGUCCUAAAUAAUGUUUACGCGUCUGAAUUUCACUUUCAUCAUUCUUCCCGACAUCACACGUUACACGUUACUUCGUUAUUUUAAUAUUACAACUUCAAAUAAUAAAAUUUUACUUUCUUAUAAUCAAUAAACAGACUUUUCAUUGGCUGACUAAAAUAACACACAAUAAGAUCAUAGAUUAACUAUUAACAUUGUACAUAGAGAAUUAAAAUAAACUUGAAUUAUGAUUUAAAGAUUGCAAAGAGACUUUUAAAUUAUAUCUUUAGUUCAAUAAAAUGUCACAAACUGGAAAGCGUUUUUUUUACCCUUUUCAACGUUUUUACUGUUAAGGAUCGUCCUCGAAUGAGGGUCGCACUAUUUAUUUGUCUUCAGUAGAUCUCAGUAGAUCUCAGUGGAGUCUUUGUGUUCCGUGUCUCAGCCUAUUCGUACGUAAUAAAUACAGCACUGGUGAUAAUCUUGGUUUUUUCUUUGUUUACUACUGGAGGGUGUGAGGCAGCCCAUUUCGUUUAUACUCAUCCCAUUGUCACAAAGAGAGAAGAGGCAGCAAGCUACUCUUGGUCAGUUCCUUCUGUGAAAACUAGCACAUUACCAUGGGGCUGGAGGAAUAUAAAAGGUGCACUUAUAAACACCCAACAAUGGCCGCAGUUUUGUCAUGGAAUGUUCAGUUGAAACACCUGUCCAGAUAGGCACAUUAAUUGUGUAGGAUGUCAGUUCACAGGACACUUACGACGAUGAGAGGGAGUCAACACUGUCAUAUGGCCUCAUGCUCUUGCUCUCUCUUUCUCUCAGGCCGGUUUAUUUCUAGGUUUUCCCCUCCACUUCUUGCCAUUAUUGUGCAGUAGACAUGUCACUACCGGCACCACGACUGGUUGGGUGACGGACACGGCACUCGGACAAUAACUGCAUUUUAAUGGAGCUUCAUGCUACUGCUGGCAUAGUUUGAUUUAAACAAUUAUACUUACUCGUCGAGUUAUAUUUAUUAAAAACGAACAUAAGUUAUUUAUUUGUGCACAUAUUAUACCACACAGUGCAAUAUUAUUAUGUUUUAAACAAAAGUAAAAAACUUGCACUUCAUAUUUUAUACUCAAAAUAUGAACAAAAUGUGCGACCAAUACGUGGGUAAAUGCUCUAUUAGACAUAUCAAUUUACAUACAGGAGAGUGUCUCUUCAAGUGUGAUGUAUUUCACAAAUCAUUUAUUAGGAAAACAACAGUUACUGCACAUACCAGAUUACAUAGAGAGGAGUUUUCUUUCAAGUGUGAUUUAUUUGUUAGUUAUUUUCGUUGUAAAAGGGAUUGAUUGAACAAAAGGGGUUACGUUCAGGAGAGCACCAAGUAUGAUCUCUGUAAUAAAUCAUUUACUAGGGAAAAAAAUUACUUACUAAAUGCAUCAGAUUAAAUACUGGGGUCCCUUCAAGUGUGAGCUGUGUAAUAAAUCAUUUACUACAACCCUUUUAGCUGCUAGUCAGCUCGGCUAACCUAUUACCAAAUUUGGGUGGUUCUCGCUGGUCCCGAUGGUCUGAAUCUCGGCCCCUCAGUCCUUCCUCCCUUUCAUUUUUCCUGUCCAACGUUUCCAGCAAAUCGAUGACCUCGUCCACAGUUCUCGCCCUGGCCCCUAGAAUACAGUUCUGUACAUGCUGGUAAAAAUGGUGAACAAUAUGAGAGAUAAAACAUUCAUCGGUUAUAGGGUUGUUCAAAAAUUUUGAUUUUAAAUACAGCCUUCGUACAUAUGGUGCCAUGUGACCAUCCCUAUGCCGGUAUUUUCCUUUAAACAAGUACUGCAAGAAAUCAUGCUGGACAUAAAUCCCCCUAUACUUGUCUAAAAAGGCUGUUUUUACUUCUUCAAAAGUUCUCCACUCACUCUCCUUAUGCAUUGCCCAUUGCAACGCUGCCCCAUCCAACUUCGAUACAAACAAUUCUACUUGCUGUUCAUCAGAACCCUUUAAAUAUCCAAAAACUUUCUCACACUUUGUGAUGAACUGUAUUGGGGUAGCCCCUCUGUCAUCCCCAUAGAAUUUUAGUACACUUUUCUCAAAAAUGUUACUUUCGUCAACAGUAAGCACUGUACUCCUAAUCCCUCCAUUAGAAUCUCCCCUAAUUUUUCCCAAUUUUUCUUCUCCUUUUUUCAAACACUCCUAUCCAACCUCGUCACGAAACUUUUCAAAUUGAUUACCAAUUCUCCUAUUUUCCAUCAAAACCUUUUCAACAUUAACCCCAAAAUUGCUUUCCACUUCCUCUAUCUUCCUUUCAUUUAAUAAAAUACCUCUUGCAUUCUCAUUAACUUUGCCAUGUACCUCAAUGAGUUCAUUAUGAUCCCUACCCACACUGUUUUGAACCUGAUUGAGAUUAUCCUGUACCAUAGAUAUUUUUCCCCUUAUUUUCCUGAAUUUCGUUUCCCUGAAUUGCAAUAUUUUCCUUCAAAAUGCCCAUUUUUUCAACACAUGUUUCCAUCCCGGCUUGUAUUUCUGCAAUAUAUUUGUACACUAGGCUACUACCUGUUCAUUAAUUUUAAUUUUAAAGUCAGCAAUUUUGUAUUCAACCCUGUCAAUUUCCUGUCACAACUGUGUAGCUAUUUCUCUCCUAACCUUCGCAAUCUCUUGUGAAUUUACCUCAAUUUUGUUGUUGAUUUCUAUUUGUCCCUAAGCAAGUUCAUUCUGUCCCUGUGCCAUUGUUUGAGUUCCCGUUGUCCCUGUUCAAUUUUCUGUUUCAUGUCCCGCAUCAUUUCUCUCAUCAUAUUCAAUAUCAAUCGAUCAUUUGAAACUGACCCCCCAUAACCUUAACUGGGCUGCUAAUUGUACGGGUUCCCAUGUUCUGACCUGAUUCGGCAGGAUGUUCCAUGUUUACAGGUUUUUCCUGCCGACAUGAAAAAUCUUGCUCUAUUAUUUCAACAUCAAGGUUGGGAUAUGAAUUAUUUGAAUUUUCGGGAUUUUCUAAAAAUCCUACGAAAUCGGUAGUUUCACUACUACUGGUACUCAUGUUUAUACAAGUAACAGACAACUCUGGAUAUCAAACCUACCACACAUACAAAACACAACAACAAUUUUCCAACCCUAAUUACACAACUCUGUACACCACACUGCUCCUUUCACUUGCUAUUUCCGGCAAUCCAUUCCACGUUGUCCCUCGAAGCUUGGUCCUGAAGUCCCGCGAUGAGACAGGCCUGAAGUCCCACGGUGCCUUGGGUCGCUCUGUCCCGCGAUGUACCGCUUUCCGCCGUUUCUCUGGAACACUUCACUCGCUGAAACAGCCCGUCGUCUCUUGCCGCAUUCGCCGCUCAGCUGCGCCGACAGUUCUGGGAGAUAAUUUAUUUACCGCCGAAAAUUUCCGUCUUGCUCUCAGGGUCAUGUAAAAGUCCGUGCCCGCCACCCAUUGGGCCGCCAAAUAUAACGGUUCAUUAUAUACAAAAAAUUUAAAAAAAAAGAAAUGUUAAGCGCCAAUUGUAGUUUUUGUUUUAUUUUUCAAAAUAGAAUGCACAGACGAAUCCAAUCACUUUCAAAAUUAUUCUCACUCAUUCAACUCGUACAUCCGCCUGUUGAGAAUGGCUCGCAGCUCGGGCGAUGAAAAUUAAGCAGAAAAAAAAACGUAAAUUAAGUCCUUCAGUAACUAGUGACUUGAAGUACACAAUAGUGAGGCCCCAAACCUGGUCGCACCUGGCGAAACACAGUCGCCACGAGCCAAAAUGCCGACGAAGAUGGUUACAAUUUCUAAUUAAAUGGCUGAAUGAAAUUAAAAAUGUUAGGUUAACUUAAAACUCGGCAUGGCUCUGACCACCAAUGUUAAAUUUAUCCUUCUCAAUUACUACAUAUUUUGUGAGAAGCCACCGAAUGCGCCCUCAUUGUGCAGCGAUCGACAGACAACUGACGAGAUCAUGGCACUGGUUCCUCCACGCAGGAAGGGCAGUCACAUGACCUCGCCGACCAAUCACAUACACUCUUCAUUCACACUAACAAUUACAAGCCAAUCAGAACACAGAACAUAUACACUGAAAACUAUUUUCAUACAUAGAAACAGGGGAUUCACUUUCUCCUCUCUCUUGGUGGGGAAUCACAGUUUUUAACUCACUCGCACUCAUAGGUCUCAUAUACCUGCCACCCCACACCAAGUCCAUUGUUCUAGAACAUUAGGUAACAGCAAUCAUAAUACAAAUUACUUGACAAAAUUAAACUUAUUUAGAAAAACCUGAAAAAGUAGGCCAAAACAGGAAAAAAUCUAGUACGACUUAUUUGUGAACAAUUGCAUAAAAAAUCGUAAUGAUUGAAAAUGUCUGUUAAAAUACAAAGUACAUUCUUAAAACACACAGCAAGUACAAAUAUCAACCCUAAAAUACAUAAAAAUGGUAAAAUAUGCUUAGCGAGACUUUUUUAAGAAAUAUUUACAUGCAUGAAAACAGUUUAAAAGAAAAAUAUUUAGCUAGGAGGGCAGGGGUCUUGCGACGUUACAAGUUUACUUGUAAAUUCAGUGAUUUUAGUGUUUUAUUUGUUAAGUUCAACAAGAUUGGUUUUACGCCAUUUAUUAAUUUCAGAAAUGUCUUCUUAAGAAUAGAAUACAAUCAUGUAUGGAAGUAAUCUUUCUAAAGAUUUUCAAGUCAUCUGCACAUAAAAAACCAAUAGAAUGAUGUAGAACCUAAGUAGUAUCAUUAAUAAAUAUAUUGGAAAGCAGAGGUGAUAAUGUAUCCCCUUGUGGAACUCCAGAAUUGGUGUAUUGAAGGGAAGAGUUAGUUUUGUUUAUGCAUACAAAAAAAAUAUAUAUUUCUUAGAUAACUAGUGAACCAAUUUAUGUAUUCAUCACAUAAUCUUACAUUUGACAACUUUUCCAAUAAUAUAGAGUGAUUUAGUGUCAAAAGCUGUAGCUAAAUCAAAAUAGCAAACAUCAACCUGUGCUCUGUUUGUUACCUCAUUAUAAAUUGGAUUAAGAAAGAUGAGUUGAGUCAUUGUAGUGGUAAUUCCAAUUCUGAAUCCAUAUUGUCUAUCAGAUAACCAAUUUUUUAAGUAAAAAUUUGAUUUUUUUUUAAAUUUAAAUAUUUUGAAUAAAUUUCAUCAUAUUUGUAUAAUGCCAUAAUUUUUUAGGAUUUUUCUUGAUGAUAUUGUUUACCUUUUAAGUCCAGAUUAUUUUAUCUUGUUUUAUGAGUUUUUUUUUGGACUGCUUUAUGGUAAUGGGAAAAAUAAGUUUUGUACCGAGGGUUAUUUCUUUUAUAGAGCUUGUGAAAAAAAUUUAGAUUUCAAACAUUAUAUUAGUUUCUUGGAAAAUCAAUGGCUAUAUUUAGAGACUCAUUUUGAAUAUUUUUAUCACCUAAGAAAUUAGAUAAUUGAUUAAUAAGGGCAUUAACUUCAGAAGUAAAAAAAAAUUUAGUCCAUUCUUGUUUCUUAAUGGUAUUGUAUAUACAUAGAUAAUCACCAUUUUUGUAGUUUUGAUAGUGAGUAUGAUGAUGAUCAUCGUUAACUGAAUAGCCAUUGUAAUUUUAAUAUCUAAGGCAGGAUGUACUACUUAAGUCUUCAUUCAUAUUUUCUUCUACUGUUUUCAUUACUUCACAAUGUAUUAUAUUCGUGAAGCAAAGAUCUAACAGAUUUUUGGACUGAAUAUUUACACAGAAGCAGUCCCAAACUAAUAGAAAAAUUAAGCAAGGAUUGUGCCUUAGUGUUUACAUAUGACUGUGAUAUAUUUUAAGUAUGUUUAUUAGUCCAAUCAACUCCAGGCACAAUGAAGUCACCAAGUAUUAUUAAAACAAAUCAUCUUGGUAGUUAAUGAGGUUAUCUUCCAGUGCUUCAAGAUAUGUUUCAUAUGUAUUUGGAGUUGUUUCAGGGGGAAUAUAGAUUGUUCCAACUAUUAUGUACUUAGAAGGCGUGGUUUUAAUUUUGAUCCAGGGAGCUUCAAUUCCAGGAUGAUCAUAGAUUUGUAUUUGAUGGACUGAAGGAAACUUUUGUACACUAAGUGCAAUUAAGACACCAUCUUCUCUUGCCAACAAUGUUAGUGUAGAGUUUCUGUCCUAUCUAAAAGUGAGAUAUUGUUCUGUGAAGUAGUGAGAAUUAAUGCUGCAAUAGUUAAAUCAAGUUUCAUUAAGACAUAUAAUGCCGUAUUCCGUUGUACUGUAAUGCUACUACGACACGACCAUGCUAUGCUAUACUGAGGGGAUUCAAACGUAAACAAACACUUUGUUUGUUUACAAACACAAGACUGCAUGAAUGGCAAAUGACAGUUGUCAACACACGAGUGCAAACGUAAAUAAUCUGGUCCCUAACACUAUCUUGCCCUAUUUGCCAUGAAUUGAAAACAUAAAUAUGGAGACUGACCUAUAGUACAAAUAAACAAUAACCACGGGUGAUGUUCCGAGAGAUUUUAAUAAUAUUAGAAAAAAAAGACAAAACAACAACAUAACAUCAGAAUUACAUAUGAACUGGCAGGUUCUGGCAAUUGUUAAAAUUUCUCAAAGUCUCUACAGGCACAUGUGACUAUCAAAAAAAAAAUGUUACUUAUGAUUCAGGACGUUACGAUGGGCACCCGGCUCGACAACAGUCCAAUUCAAAACGUAUUCUCUGUUUUUGGUCUCCAACACAACACGUAGAUGCCGUGUACACAUUAAAUGAUGGUGGGGUUUGCUCCGGGCUAUAACUCGGUCGGUAGGCUAUUUCUACCCCCAGGACCACUGGGGGGACCGCGGACAGUUACUAUUAGCUUGUACCGUCUCUGCUAUACAACGUCUCGUAUCGAGAAUCACCGUGUAAGAUGAGGGGAGUUUGCAGUCCAACAAUGCGCUGGCGCCGACUCAAGGCGACCACACCUUACCUUGCGAAUGCUGCGCUGGCUCCACAGUCUCCAGUCUGCGUGAUGGCUGUCCCAGGGAGUGCGUUGAGAUGCACCAGUAGGCACCACACACUUUAGGUCACCAGAGCACUCACACGAGGAGAAGUUCCGGCGCGCGCAUCGUCAUUUCCCGGACCGCGGACGCGUUGGCGAAUUCUAUAAAUACAGUUCCAGUUCAGCUGUCCGUAUUAAUAAUAUUGAACGUUCAACGUAAAUGUCGCGAUUCCGCAGCCCGGAAUCGCGGGUAGCGAAAACUUCCGACGCGAAGCGACACGUGCUCGGGCUCUGUACAGCCGAAUGACUCCCCGAGAAAACGCCGGGAGGCUCUUUUAUACCUCUGCGGAGCGUCACCAGCGGCCUCUCCUAUUGGCCCGUUUUCAAGUCCAGGCGGUUACCGAUUGCCGCGAAUUCUCAACUUAAUUUCUUAACGGGAGUUCCGUAGUUCAUAACGUCUAAAAUAUGUAAAACCGUAAAUUGAAUAUAAGUUCCACUGGAAUUUAAAUACUUUAAAUUAAUAUCAAAAGUAAUAAUCUGGCGGUGGCCGGCAGGAAAGAAGGCGGUAUUUACCAAUACAGCGGACCAUUGUUGCUUAGUCCCCCUCAAACACCGUUUAUAUGUUCUUAAAUAUGCCCUACUGACCAUUUGUAUACAUGUGGGCCGUGUAUCGUGUUACGUUGUAUGUUUUUGCCCGGCUAACCACACAUAGAAACGUAACAAUACAAAACAAACAAUGUUCCUGAGGUUCUGCUUUAUUUGGAAAUAAAAGAGUUUAUUAAAUUAUCUUUGUUUAUUUCUUUAAAAAAAUGUUUUUUCUCAUCGUUACAUGGCUUCAAUACACAAUUUUACAAAUGAAUUUAAUUUGAAAAACUUCGUUACUUGUACAGUUUUUGUCUUUUCUUAUACGAAUUUUAACGAUAUCUUUGAAUUUUGAUAGGAUGAGGUCCAAAUACAUACCACAGCACCAUACAUAUUGCCGUUGAUGGUCGAGGAGUCUUGUCACUCGCCAAAGAAGAAAAAAAAAACUUAGUAAUGUCCCUUGGUUAAUUACCUAACUCAAGGUACCGUUGAUCGCGGACCGAAAUCACACGAGUCGGGCCGAUGCCGACGCCUAGGGCCUAAAUUUCUAAUACAUAGUCCGGAAAAAAAAAUGAAAUUAGGUUAAAAAACUACGGCGUGGCCCCAGCCCCUAGGCGUUAAAUUGUCCCUUAAUAAUUUUUCAUUUGUUUCGUGACUUGCCGACAACGCGACCGAGUUCGGCGACGAUCGAGCAACAAGUGACUUGGUCGACGAGAUUACCUUCCCUUGUAAAGGUGAAGACAAGGGAAGCAACCCCGUGGGCCAACCGACCAAUCACAGUACAGCAUUCAUCAACAUGCCCAAAUAAGGAAUUUCGGCCGAGCGCAUCACAUCACGCCAGGACUCGCCCUGAUUGGCUGGCUAGUGGUAGCCUCCAGAGACCCUUCCAGACGGUCGCUACAGCUGUGCGUACAACGUGACGCGUAAAUCCCAAACACACAUUUACAAAGUGAAAAAUAGCUUUCUGGCGCCAGAGUGUCGCGCCUGUCCGCUCUUCCUUCUGUACCUUCCAGACUAUUCUCAAAAUAUUACACUAGCAGUAUCCAAUAGAAUAUAAAAUUACCCAAAAAAUUCAAAUACAAUGUUAAAAAUUUAGUAAACAAAGUUGAAAUUCAUAUAAAAACUUUUGUUUAAACAUGAUGUCCUGUAAAAUUAUAAUCUAUACUGCUUUAAUUACUGACAUUAAUUAUCAAAUAUCAACAUUAAUUAUUAUGAACUAGAGUUAACCCUCAAAUUUAUAAUUAAGUAUCUCAAGGAAAUAAGUAUUUUAAGGCUUUCCAUGAAAUUUAACCAAAGUAAUUAAUAACAAUUCUUAACAUAUCUGAACUGUUUUCUAUAUCAACAAAAAAAAAAUAUCCUUCACCUCAAAUUUAUUCUUAAUAUUCUUAUGACCCAUUUUGCAAUGCUACAUAACCCCCCCUACUUUUUGAUUGAAUUUGCAAAAUUAAAUCAAAAAGUACAAAAGUGUAAAUUGUUGAAACAAAAGAAAUAACAUACCAUAACAAAAGUGUAAACAAAUGUAACAAAUUAACAUCAACAUUAGAAAUGCAAAUCUUGACACAAUAAUAGCAAACCAUGACUUUUCAUAUUAUAAAUCCUUAAAACAAAUUUACAAAAUUAUAACCCAAACAUUGAAAAAUUACUUACAAAAAAUUAUUUAAAUUCUCCAUACCAAAUUAAAGUGGCACAUCAAUCUUUAACAAAAAACACAACACUUGAUUAUAGAGCAUCAAACUGUAAGUGUUGCAUUCCUCACUUAAAUUUCCACAAACAACAAGUUGACAAUUCUACAUUCAUGGCAUGACAAACAAUUCAUUAUGACACAGUCGUAUGUUUAUAUUCUUGAAAAACCAAUUACAUGAACUAAUGUCCUUCCUCAGGUUUCAAAUCAUACCUCCCCUUUCAGCAACAGCAGCACAUAUAUUAACAUUGAUGAGGGGUGGAAGCGACCAAGGAGAAGGGACUCACCCUUGCAAAAAAAAACAUCGGACUCCAUGCCGGAAACAUAUUUAAAAUUAACCUCCUGGCCCCCCAACUGCCUCACAAACCACACUACACAAAAAAAAUAUAUGCUGAUUAUUUAGGGGCAAUACAAAAAAAUUCACCUAAACUCUGGCCAUCAUGAACACACAAUUGCUUCUGCAGCUUCAAAACUCGACGACUGUUAUGCAUUAACUUUUAGUAUUACAUUUCAUACCUUUAAUAUAGGAUAUUGACACCCUGUUAUUUAAUUCAAAACAAACAUUUAGCAUUACCAAUAUGUGUAGCAUUUUAAUUUAAAAUAUCAAACAUUUUCAAACUUUUAUCAUUUUCCGAAAACAUAACUCAUAAUAAAUUUCAGUUAACAUCUUCCCAUGAGACAACAUUAAACAAACAAAACAUUUCAUUGGAAUUUCAUGUUCAUUUGUCAUUUAAAAAAUAUGCAAAAUGUUCACUAUAGUUUACUUUAGUCCAACAUGAUAAAAUUCUUGAUGACAUUAAUUUGUUUACAAUAUCAACAUAAACAUACUUUACACAAUAAUCACACCUUGCAUAGCUGAUUGUCCAAAUUGUUUCAUUGACUCACACUAAAAAAGUACAUACUCAACUUGCUUAAAAUUUACCCUUAAUUAAUUUUCCAUGGUCUGAGUAAAGAGACGUGCCAAUUAGCAUCACUUACUCUGUAAACAUUGUGGCCUACCACAGCCUUUAUUUCAUAUGGCCCAUCAUACAAUUUGAAAAACUUGGAUAUCUUAUUAUCUAUAAAGGCCCUGUCACACUGUCAAAUUUUAGCUUCCAACACCUUCCAAUAUGUUGGUUCCAAUAUCUUUGAGGGUUGUGACGUCACGUUAAACGUCACUAUCGCAGCCAUGUUUAUUUGAGAGAUUGAAUGUCUAGAGUUUCCUUCAAAUAUUUUACGUAUAGGACUGGUUCUAAAAUAUGUUGGAUGUUGGAUGGGAUCAGCCAAUCAGAGUUAUCUAAAAUAAAGCGGCCGCUUUUGUUUCCGUUUCCGAAGUGUAAUAGUUUAAAUAUUAGCAAUGGCGAAUACUACAUGGGAAAGAAAUGCAGUAAUUGAACUAAUACUAUUUUAUUUCCUGCUGGAAUAAUUGUUAUUGUAUAUUUUCCUCCAAUUGAAUUUGUAUGUACGGAAGUGCAGGUUAAUAUAUUUGACUAAAAAAAGUUACUGUAGUUUUGUAAUAUUAUGGUCCUUAAAACAGAAAACAAUUUGUAUUCAACUUACGAUCAUUAUUUGAUUGCUAUACCAGUUUUGCUUAUGUUCAGGUAUUUUUGAUACACUAAAUUAAAACAGCAAGCAUUGCGUACAAAAUGUGCCAUCAGGAAUGAGGUAUCAACUGGGAUAUGCAUUUCGGAACUUUUACCUACAAAUCCAAAUUAAUAACAUCUAAAAUAAAUUUUAAAAUAUUUCAAUUCAGAGACUUAUGUUAAAGCAGCAUCUCUAAGUAAGCAAGUAGCUCUGGUGAUUUGCAAGAAAGGCCUAGAACUAUUAUAAUUCUGCCUACGUAUUCAAUUAUUAUUAUUUAAGUUUUGAAAGUAAUACCAUUUUUCGUGAAUGUAAAUAUUUUUGUAGCAGAUCUUUGUCAGUAGGCCUAUAUACUUCCCAGGCUGUACGAAACAAGCAUACCUGGUCUAAUAUCUCAUCAAAAAAAUUAUUUUAAAGAGAUAAUGUGACUGAGGUGAAGUUAGCUUAAAGGCUAUGGUUGAGGUUUGUAACAGUAAAUAAGCUUACACACUUAAUUCAAAAUAAAACAAAAUUACCAAUUUCUAAACACAGCAAAAAUUAACACUUUCACUUUAAAGUAUAGAAACAAUUUUGAUGAAAUACAAGUGAAAGUGUCCAUACAACAGCAGCUAGUUGGGUGAGAAAAUAUGCGGGAAUAAGAAGGGAUAUGCCUAAUUGCAGGUUUACAUUUAAUUAUAUGUUUUAUUCUUACUAAACAUACCUUUAAAAAUUGUUUUUGAAGAGCACUAUAAAUUGCACCACAAAUUUCAGGUACAAAUUUUGAGAUGGUGUUGUGUGGAAUACUUGUAGAGAACAUAAGGGACUUAAAUGAUUCGCCUGUCGCCAAAAAUCUUAAUGUAACUGCCAGCCUCUGCUUUGCUGGUAUAGCGAAAAUGAGUAUCCUUCUUUGCAAUGCGAGACUCCACAAUUGAAAGAAGAAGAUCAAAUCUUUCAGAAUCCAUUCUUAAUUAGUUCUGAAAUGAAUCGGCAUCUUCGUAUCGAAGUUCAUGACAAAAAGGGGUAAAACACCUUUUUUUUUGCCGGGAAAGUAUCCACUGUCUCGUCCACCAUCUGCGUUUCCUUUUCUUAGAUUUCUCUUCUAGUUUACUGACACUUGCUACAAUUGCAAUUACAGCUACAGCUUUUGAAACACUUUGAUGCUCUUAAUGCAGGCAUUGCAAACACCUGGAAAACGUAAAUUUUAAACUGUGUAUGAUCACAAUAUACCUAAAUUUAAAUAUAACCUACUUAAAAAAGUCCGCGUUCCUUGACCCAAAAUUUGUUUUUGAUUCUAAAUACUGUCAUUUACAGUUCUCUACAGAAUGUUUGGUAAAACGAGCUCACUCAAAGAAAAUUGAUAGUGUGAAAUGACUUCAAAUAUAUUUUACAGUGCUCAUCAAAUAAUAUUGAAUACAAUAUAUUUGAAGAUGUAUUUAAUCCAAAAUCACCCUUCAAAUUUUGUUGUCCAAUAUAUUGGAGACAAUAUAUUUGACAGUGUGACAGGGCCUUAAGGGAUGACAACUUGUGUGAAGCAAUUAAGACUUCAUCCCCUUCCUUGAAACUCGUUUGGAAGAGCAUAGCACCAACUGCCUCACCUGAUGCAUCAUAAGUAAUAUAAAACACUUGUUUAUAUAUAAAUUCAAAAAACUGUUUCUUAAAUAUUGCAAUAUUAAUUCCUUGUCAAAAAGCCAAAAAUUUGAAAACAUCUCUCUUACUACAAAGUGUCAACAAUUCUUCACAAACGGUUAUCUCCCUCUCAUCAGUGCAAAAUACAAAUAACUUUGAAACUGGUUUCUCUACAAGCUUCAAGCAGACACCCCCUGGUCAACGAAGAAUCCUCAAUAACAGCAAAAAACUCUGAACAACUUACUUAAAC